UGUCAGUCCCUCGCUGCCUUCCCUUCCCUUGCUCACUCGUGGGAGCCGCUCUGACUGGACAGUACGCUGCGUAGCACAGGGUUUUUGACUCAGCAUUGACGAAGAUGUGCUGUUGAGGCUGAUCGCAGUUGUUCGGCACAGUUUCCUAGCUUGGUACCGCACGCUUUCUGCUCUGAGAAUGAAGAAGUGAAUCCUGGGACAUCGCAGUCAUGGCUGUUCAGACGGGCAUCCAGGUAUGGUUCGGAGAGAAGUUCGAUGCCCCGCUGCUGAGCCCCAGGAGCCCUCGCAGCCCGUUGGCACAGCGACACGGCCCCGGCCUCGCCGACGUCUUCCAGUACGACCAGUGGCUGGCGGUGCGGCAUGAGGCAACCUUGGUGCCCAUGCAGGAGGAUCUGGCCAUCUGGCUCAGCGGCAUGCUGGGCGAGGAGGUGAGAGCCGAGUUCUUCAUGGAGGAGCUGGAUAACGGCGUGAAGCUCUGCCAGCUGAUCGGCGCUCUGCAGGCUAAGAUGGCCGUGAGCUGCCCCUCGGCGCUCGGCACGGUGUUCCCCAAGAGGAAGAUAGCAUGUAAGAGGGACGCCUCUCCUGGUUCCUUCUUUGCUCGUGAUAACACCGCUAACUUCCUGGCGUGGUGUCGCCAAUCCGGUGUGGAGGAGACCUACCUGUUUGAGUCCGAGGGCCUUGUGCUGCACAAGGAGCCCCGGCAGGUGUGCCUCUGUCUGCUGCAGAUCGGACGCAUCGUUUCCAAGUACGGCGUGGAGCCUCCUGUGCUGGUGAAGCUGGAGAAGGAGAUCGAGCUGGAGGAGACUCUGCUGAUGACGGAGGAGCCGCCUCCGGCCGUCAAGACCUUCAGCGUGUGCUGCCAGCACGGCGGCCUUUACCAGCCCGGGGAGCACGGCAUGGACGACCCCCCCUGCAACUGUUCCAACAGAGUCUCCAUCGAGUACCUGUCCGAGGGUCGCUACAGGCUGGGAGACAAGACCCUCUUUAUACGGAUGCUUCAUGGGAAACAUGUGAUGGUGCGAGUGGGGGGGGGCUGGGACACACUGCGGGGCUUCCUGAUGAAGUAUGACCCUCUGCGCGUGCUGCAGUUCACCACUCUGGAGCAGAAGAUCCUGGCCUUUCAGAAAGGGCCCCCCGGCCUGGGAGGACACCACAAAAAUGCAGCUCAACCCCCCCCUCCUGACAUGGACCCCCUCGCCGCUGUCAACAACCUCAUCUCCUCGUCCUCCUCCUCGACCUCCUCCACCUCUUCCUCUUCCUCCUCCGCCUGUAAGCCGGCGUCUGGCCCCGCUGCGGCUCCGUCGUGUCGGUCCUAUGCAGCCUCUCCGGCCUGCACCCCCACGCUGCCCAGGAGAGGUGCCGCCGCAGCGCCCAAGAAGACCCUGCAGGUGACCUCUUCUUCCCCAAGGAAGCCCACCCAGUUAGCACUGAGCGGCCCCCCCAAAGCUUCCUCCUCUCUGCCCUCCACGCCCUCUCUCAGCCCGGGCAGUCAGGGCGUGCCGCUACAUCGCAGAGCCCUGACUCCGUCACCGGCCCCUGCAGAGCCACGGCCUGCUUCCAAGCUGAAGAUCAGACCUUCACCACGGGCCCCCACCUCCCAGCCUAGAAGCCCUGUCUGCCCCGAGCCAUCUUCCAAAUGUCCCAAACCCUCCAGCCCCAUAGCUGCCUGUGCUCCUGGCACCGUCACAGCACCACUGCGGGCACCCACCCCAAAAGAUGCCCGGCCCCCAUCGGGUGCCAGCCAGCGCUCUCGCCUUGCACAGCGCCGGCCCGGAUCCCCCGCCUCGCGCCUCCGACUAGAGGCCGCCAGGAGGGUGCGGAUCGCCGCAAGAGCCGCAGCGAUGGCAUCUCCCCAAACCCGUACCCCCCCACUCAGGUCACAGACCCCAAAUCCUGGCUCCUGGACCCCCAACACUGGCUCCCGAACCCCCGAUCAUGGCUCCCGGACCCCCUCCCUUAGCUCACAGUCCCCCAACUCUGGUUCCCAUAACCCCAUCCUUAGCUCAAAGACCCCAAGCCCCGCCUCCCGGGCACCCAACCUCUGCUCUCGGACGACCACCCUCACCUCACGGACAGCCUCUCCAGUGCUGCCAAAGCCAACCCCCUCCCUGCCGCAGAGCAAAGACGUCACAGCCAAAGCCAAGGGGCCGGCCCCCACCAGAGUGGCUGCUGCCCCCCCACGCAGUACUGCUGCUGUCCCCGGGCGGGUCCCUCCUCCUCCUACAGCAAGCAAAGCCAAUCAGAAAGCAGCAGCCACAGCUCCGAGGGUGGGACGCAAGCAAGCAGCCCCACCCAACGGGAAGUCAGCAGUAAAACCUGAUGCUGCUCCAGCUCCGGCGCCCCAGAAAAGCAGCGCCAACGUCAAAGCUGUGAGGGCCGAGCCCGGAGUCUGCAGGAAAGCCCCCCCACACAAGGGGAGGGAGGAGCCGUACUUUGAGAUGAUCAGCAGGAGGAGGCCGAGGACGUGAGGAGAGAGACAAUAACCAUUGAUACGUCUUCAGAUUAAUUUUUGUUCGUUAUUUAAUAGCGUUUUAUUUGUCAUGUUUUAAUCCAAAUGUUUUAGUCGUUGCUGUCUACGUCUUUGUGGUAAUUGAAUGGCCUUUUUUUUUUAAAGGUCAGCUAACCAGCUUAACAUGAAAACUUGCACAACGUUUACAUUUUCAUUUUCGUUACAAAUGAUUUGUGUUUUCCGACUUUAACAGAACAAAGGGUAGAAAAUGCAAUUUCAACACUAACCUCAAAGCUUUACCAUCCCAACGCAACAUCCCAGUAUACAGCCAUGGUUACGGAAAAAGGCACUUAUACUGUAUAUUAAUGUUUGCAGGAUGGCAAAGAGUCCCGCUUUCUCCAACAGGUUACCAAAGUUCCUGGAGUUCAGCGACACAACUGGAAGACAAAUCAUGUGUGUGAUGAGCUUCCCUCCCCAGUGAGAUCAACCUUUCCACUGGCGGAUAGUCAGACAGUGAAGUUGUGUGUGUUUGUAUAAAUGAUAUCUUCCUGUUGUGUGCCUUCAACAGAAAUCUCUAGUUUCUGAGCGGCAUUAGAAUGUAUUAGAUGAUCGGGGUAGGGGUGGUGGGGGGGGUUUAAUGGUUUUUACUGAAAAAUAUUGCACAGUGUACAAGCACUCAUGACUUUGCUUUCCCAGAGUCGCAGAUGAACUACUGAUCAAAUGCCUCCUUUUCUUUUGAACAGAAAAUGCUCUAAAACUCUUGUAGAGCACAACCUACCUUUUUAUAUGGUUUCUAAUGUUUGUGUGUAUUACAAAUCUAGUUUUCUAUGUGGUGUUUGUGUACGUGUGUGUGUGUGUGUGUGUGUGUGUAUAUAUAUAUAUCUAUAUUAUCAGUUUGGCACUUUACAGAAACCGCCAUGUUUGUCAGAGUUUGAAUGUUGAGUCUUUGAUUCUGUCUCUUGUCCCGGCUACGUUUUUGUCAUUUUGAGCAAUAAAUGGACAAAUGUUUUAAAGAUUAA